AUUUACCCUCUUCAGGUUUCGUCUGAUAAAACAAAGAGGGAGGGAGAGAGAAGAAAGAACACGUAACAGAACAAGAGUCAAAAGCCAUGGCCAUAUCCGCCGCCAUUUCAGUUCCUCUGACAUCUCCGGUGACUCGCCGCUCCUUCGCCUCCUUCACUCAUCUCCGGCAACCGAACUUUCUCAGAGCAAUACUUAGCAGCUCAACAAGCCCUAGUUUUCGCGUCAUAGCGUCGUCGUCUUCCAUGACCCUCGGAGCCGUCGAGAAGGCCUCGCCGGUGUCCUUUUUGGAUCGCAGAGAGAGCGGUUUCCUCCACUUCGUCAAGUACCACGGCCUCGGCAACGACUUCAUUUUGGUGGAUAAUAGGGAUUCUUCGGAGCCUAGGGUUACUCCGGAGCAAGCGGUGAAGCUUUGUGAUCGGAACUUUGGAAUUGGGGCUGAUGGAGUCAUCUUUGCUAUGCCAGGCGUCAAUGGCACCGAUUAUACCAUGAGGAUUUUCAAUUCUGAUGGAAGUGAGCCCGAGAUGUGUGGUAAUGGAGUUCGGUGCUUUGCUCGGUUUAUUGCUGAGCUUGAGAAUUUGCAAGGAAAGCAAAGUUUUACUGUUCAUACCGGUGCUGGUCUAAUUGUUCCUGAAAUACAAGAUGAUGGCCAGGUUAAGGUUGAUAUGGGGGAACCGAUACUUAGAGCGUCAGAUGUACCCACAAGAUUACCUGCAAAUAAGGAUCAAUCCGUCGUGAAGUCAGAGCUGCAUGUCGAUGGAAUAACCUGGAAUGUGACCUGUGUUAGCAUGGGAAAUCCUCAUUGCGUAACUUUUGGUACAAAAGAUGCCCAGAAUUUGCAGGUUGAUGAAUUAAACUUGGCUGAAAUUGGACCUAAAUUUGAGCAUCAUGAGGUGUUUCCAGCUAGAACCAACACAGAAUUCGUGCAAGUGUUCUCUCCUUCACAUGUCAAAAUGCGUGUUUGGGAGCGCGGUGCAGGAGCAACUUUGGCCUGCGGGACCGGUGCUUGUGCUGUAGUUGUUGCAGCAGUUCUUGAGGGUCGUGCUGGGAGGAAUUGCACUGUGGACCUGCCAGGAGGGCCGUUGCAAAUCGAAUGGAGGGAGGAAGACAAUCAUGUGUACAUGACAGGUCCCGCUGAAGUCGUGUUCUACGGAUCUGUCCGCCUUUGACGUGGCUCGUGAAGAUUCUGUUGUUUGUUUUAAUUUGUUAUAAAUGAAGAGAAGAUUUUGUUGUUUAGAUUCAUGAUAAUUUUGUAAAAUUGCAAGUGAAAGGAAGUCGUGGGGACAUUGGGGCGUC